GUCUAGGAAGCAAGUUUUCUAGGUAAGGAAGUAAGUUUAUCGUUUCGUAGGCAUUAAACUGCAUAUUUCUGUCAACUUUGUUUACUGCUUUUAAACGUUUGUAAGGCUAAUCCAACUGUUUUUAUCGUUGAGACAGUAACGUACAGGAAACCGGUCGAACAGACAGACUUCGACACGAGGCAUCUGUCAGUUGAUUCACAGCUCUGUCUCAAAACAUACAGCCUAUCUGGAUGUACACUGCUUAAAAAAAGCAUGCCUAGUAGGCACCUCACUAAGAAGACACCCAUGCUGAAAGUCCACUUAGGUGCAGUCUGAAAGGUGCAGUGCUGUCAUGGAUCCAGAGGUGUCCCUCAUGCUACACUGUGAUCCAUUACAGGCUAUCGGUGAACAUCAAACACGCAUAGAAAUUUCAGACAGAUUCAAUCGGCAGAGUUUUCCUGAGAUCGAGCAGCACAUUGAAGCCGUGUGGAGUGACAGAGUGACCCAGGAACCGUGGCUCUUCAACGGGGCUAAAUUCAGAUUGCAUUCAGCGAUGCUCUCCGUCAUGGAAAACGGACCAAUGGGAGAACAGGCUGUCCAAAACAAAGGAGACCAAUUAGAAAGGGGCGAUACAUCCUCGGACAGAUUAACAAAAGAUGAGCAGUCAUGUGUCCUAAAUUUACAGCUAGGCCUGACCUGUUAUAAAGACUAUCUCGGGACUAACUGGUCGCGCGAGGCGGCGAACCUGCAGAGUCACGGACGGAAUGAACGCGCAGAUCCGCAGGCCUUCCUCGCGCAGCCGCUGGGCGUGGGCGCUGUCAUGGCAACCGCGGAUGGAGACGUGGUCCUGCUGAGGAGGAGUCAGAAAGUGGCAGAGGCUGCAGGACUGGUAGACAUACCUGGAGGUCACCCCGAACCAAAGAUGGUGUGUCCGGAGGUCAGCGAGGAGGCCAUAUGUGUCGAGCUUCUGCAGGGUAAGGAGAGGGCCGUUGUUUCUGAGAUCUUCUCCUCUGUGUGUGCAGAGAUCAGUGAUGAGGUGAACGUUCCUGUCAGUUCUCUAAGCAAACCGUUGUUCAUGGGAAUCGCGCUGAACCACACCAGUGCAGGCCGACCCAGUGCAGAGUUUUACGUUCGGUGCACUUUGACGACGGAGGAAGUGAGAGACUUCUAUAGACGUGGAGGUCCUGAGGCCCAUGAGUCCACUGACAUACUGUUUCUGAGUCGAGCGAAAAUGCUCCAAUUAAACGACCGCUCCCCCCUGUGGUCAGAGAUGUGUCCUUCAGCUAAAGGUGCAGUGCUGCUGUAUCAGAGGGUGAUGCCGGAUUACUGAUUUCGUCAGCAGGCGCUUCAUACAUCACUUAAACUUUAAUAUAUCAGGGAUAACUUUGAGUUGUGUUGGAUAUAGUAGUGUAUUGUAUAAAAGACUUGUUUGAAAAAUUGCAAAAACGUACCAUACAAAUACAUUUUGUAUGCUGGUGGAUGAUACAGGUGUAGUCAUUUUCAUGAUAUUUAUACAUUAAAGUUCUUGUACUGAACACAUAUAAAGUAUAUUUUGCAGAGAUACCUAUGGAAUUUAUUCUUUGUAUUGAAUAAGCAACUUUUCAUAUUAAAUUAAUAAAAGUAUAAAAACAGA